AAAAAAUUGGCUGAUAAAAAAAAAAAAGAGAAAGUAUAAAUGAAAGGAGCGUUUCUUUAAUGCAUGAUUAGGUUGACACCUUUGAAGGUGCCGCGGCGACCCAAUCAAUUAUAAGACCAUUGAAGUCAUAAUCUUUCAGACAAUCUCUGUCUCUCUCUUCUGGUAGUCUUCGAUUACGAAAAGUUCAUCUCUUUUCAGAGAUACGAUGUCGACACCAGCGAGGAAGAGGCUGAUGAGGGAUUUCAGGAGGUUGCAGCAAGAUCCUCCUGCUGGUAUCAGUGGUGCUCCUCAGGACAACAACAUCUUGCUCUGGAACGCUGUUAUCUUCGGUCCAGAUGAUACACCUUGGGAUGGAGGUACUUUUAAGUUGACUCUUCAAUUUACGGAGGAUUAUCCCAACAAACCACCAACUGUUCGUUUUGUUUCUCGCAUGUUUCACCCAAACAUCUAUGCAGAUGGGAGUAUCUGUCUUGAUAUCUUACAGAACCAAUGGAGUCCCAUUUAUGAUGUUGCUGCGAUUCUCACAUCUAUCCAGUCACUCCUCUGUGAUCCCAACCCAAACUCGCCUGCAAACUCCGAAGCUGCUCGCUUGUUCAGCGAGAACAAGCGUGAGUACAACAGACGUGUUAAGGACAUUGUCGAACAGAGUUGGACCGCUGACUAAAUAAGUCACCCCAGUUUGUAACAUUUGAAGAAGUGGAGGAGGCCUAUCAAAUUGGUAAAAAAAAAACUGUGUGAUUUCAUGCCUCCAGUUCAGUAUAUGUAUCAUAUUAUGUAAUGCAAUUUCUGGAUGAACCUAUAUAUGCAUUUUCGUGUUAAGACAUCUUUGCUUGCUUCUAAGUUGUGUCUGUGUGUGUAACUAUUUAAGAAUCUUAUCCAUGUUUAUCAAGAUCUCCACCAUUUUUUCCUUUGA